AUGGCCAAGAAGAUCUUACUUGUGAACGGGCCCAACUUGAACUUACUCGGCUCUAGGGAGCCAGAGAAGUACGGCACUACUACAUUGGCCGACAUCGAGAAUGCCGCUAAGGAGCAGGCAAGCCAAAGAGGCGCUGAGGUGCUCGCUUUCCAAAGUAACACUGAAGGUCAUAUCGUCGAUCGCAUUCACGAAGCAGCCAAGGAAGGCGUUGACUUCGUUAUCAUAAACGCUGGGGCUUACACACAUACUUCCGUUGCUAUCAGGGAUGCUUUGUUAGGCAUCGCUGUGCCUUUUAUUGAAGUUCAUAUAACCAACGUACAUCGCAGAGAAGCCUUCAGGCAUCAUCUGUACCUCCUGGACGUUUCUGUGGCUGUAAUUGCUGGAUUAGGAGCUUAUGGAUACACCGCAGCAAUUGAGUAUGCACUUAAUAACUAG